AUGGCUCCAGAGGACGACGUCAUGGAUGAGCAUCAAGAACGCGAGAGCACUCCGGCUCGAGCGGAUCCCGCCGCGGAAGGCGCGCAAGAUCGCGACGCGGGUGGUGAUCCGUCCGGAGCCGAAGCGGAGAAUUCAGAUGCGGAGGUUGCUAUAAAAGGUCCUGAGGGGGAAGAUGCUAACAAUAUAGCAGAUGCCAGUGCAGACAACGACGAUGCUGGUGGAGUCGAUACCAGGCCUUUUGAUAACGAAGAUGUUAAUAACGGUGCCGACGGUGCGGCUGAAGGCGAUGAAGUCGAUACUAGGUUAACGGAUACCGAAGCUGGAAACGGAGCAGUUAAUACCGAAACCGGAUCGGUUGUCGAAGCGGAGAAGCACAGUGAAGCGGAUGGUAACCAGAUGAACGGGCUUGUAACGGACGGCGGUGAGCAUAAGGGGCAAGAAGACUCAGACAAGGAACCGGAGGGUGAAGCGAAGGACACGGAUGCUGAAGGGACGGAAGCGGGUGCUGAAGCAGCGGUCAACGGAGCCAACGGGGUCAACGGGGUCAACGGGGUCAACGGUGUCGCGAUGACGAAAAAAGAGAAGGAAGCGGAGAAGCGAAGGCGGCGAAAGAAGCAGAAGAAGAAAUCCAAGGCAGGGAACAAAGGAACAGUGAAGGAGGAGGAAGAAGCCGAGGACGAGAAGCCUAAGCCGGUGCUGGCAGGAGUGCAGGUGGAGUAUGUCACAGAGAAGCCGGAGAUUGAGGGAGAAGGAUUCGAGGAUUUUCUGAAGAUCUUUGAGAAGUUCGCCACUGUGGAAGAGCCUAAGGAAGAGGAGAAGGAGGAUGAGGAGAAGGGAGAGAAGAAGAAGAAGAAAGCGGAUUCGGAUGAUGAGGACGAGGAUGAGGAGGAGGAGGACAAGGAGAAGGGUGUGAGCAACAAGGAGAGGAAGAUGAAGAACAGAAUGAAGGUGGGCGAGCUGAAGCAGAUCUGCGCGCGCCCAGAAGUUGUGGAGGUGUGGGACCCCACAGCAUCGGACCCUCGCCUGCUCGUGUACCUCAAGGCCUAUCGCAACACCGUCCCUGUGCCACGCCACUGGUCGCAAAAACGCAAAUACCUCCAGGGAAAGAGGGGUAUCGAGAAGCCUGUGUGGCAGCUUCCGGACUUCAUCGCUGCUACAGGCAUUGAGAAACUCCGACAGGCGUACGCGGAGAAGGAGGACAGCAAGAAGAUGAAGCAGAAGCAGCGCGACCGCAUGCAGCCCAAGAUGGGGAAGAUGGACAUCGACUACCAGGUGUUGCACGACGCCUUCUUCAAGUACCAAACAAAGCCCAAGCUCACAUACGUGGGCGACCUGUACUACGAGGGCAAGGAGUUUGAGAGUAAGACGCGGGACUACAAGCCAGGCCACCUGUCGAGUGCUCUGAAGAAAGCACUGGGAAUGACCGACAGCAACUCGCCUCCUCCGUGGCUCAUUAACAUGCAGCGCUACGGCCCACCGCCCUCAUACCCGCACAUGAAGAUCCCGGGACUCAACGCGCCCAUCCCUGCAGGGGCCUCCUUUGGUUACCAGCCCGGAGGAUGGGGCAAGCCGCCUGUGGACGAGUAUGGUCGACCACUGUACGGAGACGUGUUUGGGUCACAACCAGCACCUGAGGAAGAUCAGUUCGAGGAGGAGCCUAUCGAUCGGUCAAAGCACUGGGGCGAUUUGGAGGAGGAGGAGGAGGAGGAGGAAGAGGAAGAGGAGGAAGAGGAGGAGGAGGGAGAGGAGAAGGAGGUGGGAGAGGAGGAGCUUCAAGCUGGCAUCACCUCUAUUGACUCUCUCUCUACCACGCCAGCAGGAGUGGAGACGCCAGACGUCAUCGACCUGCGCAAGGCACAGCGCAAGGACGCCGCGGAGAAGCCCCUCUACACGGUGUUGGAGGAGAAGGAGGAGCGAGUGGCACCCACUACCCUCAUGGGCACAACACACACCUAUGUGGUUCCUCCGGUGGAUAAGACAGUCGCUCCCAAGAAGGACGUGAAGAAGGGUGAUCGCGUGGAGGUGACACUGGCACCAGAGGAGCUAGAGGAGCUGGAUGAUGCUGCUCUUGCUGCCAAGUUCAAAGAGGCCAAGGAUGCAGAGAAGCGACCCGAGGAGAGGGAGGACUUCAGUGAUAUGGUGGCGGAGAUGGAGAAGAAGCGCAAGCGCAAGGCACAGGACAAGGACAAGGCAGUGAAGAAACAGAAGGACUUUAAGUUCUAA